GACUUUCCGCGUCCCGUCACCUUUCUGCGCAACCUGUCCGGUGCUCCUUCCUCAUCUUUAAGGCAAUUUAUCCGUUUGACCAGCCCGGACUUUCACCAGUUCGUUGCUUUGAAGAAGCUGAGAGAGAGAGAGAUGGCUAGUUCUCCAGAAGAUGCUCCCCUGGCCAGAGGGAGUCUGUCAGGCAGUGAGCACGUCCUUGUUGGGCCUGUACGAACUGGAGGGAGCUCCAACAGCCGUGCUCUGAAGGUGGCGGGCCUGACAACCCUCGCAUGUCUGCUGCUGGCCAGCCAGGUCUUCACUGCUUAUAUGGUGUUCGGCCAGAAGCAGCAGAUCCACUCUCUGCAGAAGAACUCGGAGAGAAUGGGCAAACAGCUGAGCCGCUCACCCCACGCUUCGGUUCCAAUGAGGAUGCACAUGCCCAUGAACACCCUGCCUCUGCUGACGGAUUUCACUGACAGUCAGGACUCUAAGACAAGCAAGACACCCUUGACAGGCUCUGCUGUUGUCAGCGUGGAGAAACAGCUGAUGGAUCUCUUGCAGGAUUCCCAGCUGCCACAGUUCAACGAGACCUUCCUGGUCAACCUGCAGAGCCUGAAGCAGCAGAUGAAUGAGAGCGAGUGGAAGAGCCUUGAGUCCUGGAUGCGUAACUGGCUGAUCUUCCAGAUGGCCCAGCAGCAGCCUGUACCCCCCACAUCUGAGUCAGCCUCUGUGAUCAAGACUAAAUGCCAGAUGGAGGCUGCACCUGGAGCCGGCAAGAUCGGUUCCUACAAGCCCCAGUGUGACGAGCAGGGCCGCUACUUGCCCACGCAGUGCUGGUACCCCACAGGCUUUUGCUGGUGUGUGGACCCUAACGGCGAUGUCAUCCAGGGCACCAGCGUUCGUGGCCACCCUGACUGUCAGAGAGGUAGAGCUCCUCGCCGCAUGAUGUUCCCACCCAGGAUGAUGCAGAAGACCAUCGCCAUUGAUGAUAAGUGAACCACAUUACGCUGAAGCAAGGCAUUUCUUUUCAUCAAGCAAUCUUAGCAGGCAUGAGAAAUCAAUUAUUUUACGCUGAAUGAGGCCACACUUUCACUAGUGGCUGUAGUGCUUGGAUCGCCUUUUCCUCCACGUGAUCUGUUGAUUUUAACUACUUCAAAUCGAAUCAAUAGAGGCCUGUUACAGUGUACUGCUUUUAAUCUUUGUAAUUUUUUUUUUAUUUUGGGGUGUUCUCAUUGACAUUUUAACCUACAUUUUCAGAUAAACUACAGUAUAGUAAAGUAUUUGUUGAGUAUUUUUUCCUGCAGAAUGCUUAAAGGGUCACUUCACUCAAAUUAACAAAAAAAAACAAAAAAACAAACAUAUUUUCUCCAUUACUUCUACUAGCAUCUAGCCAUGAAGGUAGUUCUGGUUUUACUUGCCCAGGUCACAGGUCUGUCUCUACCCCCAACACAAUGGAGGGGAAUGGAAGUUUGUUUAUGGCGCAUACAGCAUUGAAAAAUGACAUUUAAAAUGUAAGCAGCCAAGACUGUCUCAGGAAACAAUGGCCUGUUCCUGUGAUAAUCCACAGACCUCACAGGGGAUAGUUUUCGGAGGCACCAUUUCCAGUAAAAGUAGUUCCAAUAAAAACUAUUCCGAGUAAUGAGGAUGCUGUUUAUUGAAACAGAUGGUGCUGUUUAAUUUUUAAAAAUGUUUUUCAAUGCUGUGAGCCCCACAAACAAAAACCCAAACUAUCUGCAUAGUUGGAUACCACAAGGGUUGAGUGAGUUUAGUUUUUGUGUAAUUUUGGGUGAACUGACCCUUUAAAAUAUGCACGUAUCGGAAUGUAUGAUAACAUAUGAGAAAGUGGCUUUUUCUGUGAAGGUGAUUGUGUUAAGAAAGCUGAAUAAAGUUUUCCUAACAACACUGUUUGCAUUGUUAUACGUACUAUAUGUUCAACUGCAUUCAUCUUGUUGUCUCGAGAUGAAAUGAUUGUUAAAGCUAAACAAGGCCUGAAUAAAAUUUAACCUGAUUAGAUGCAGUGA